AUGAAUACUAAGUUUGAUUAUAUUAGUAAACCCGACGAGAUUAAUUUAACUAGUGGUGCUUCUUAUGGUAUUGCAAAUAUAUUAUCAUCCGUUACUUCAUCUAUAACUAAACAAGUUUUUGUGGUGACUCCAACUUACUUUUUAAUUAAUAAUGUAUUUCAAGAUUUUAAUUUAAAAACUACUGCUAUUGAUGAAACUAAAGAUGGUAUAGAUUUAGUAUUAUUAGAAGAUAAUUUAAAGAAAUAUAAAAUAGAUGAAUCAAUUGUCCCCGAUUCUAGACGUGAAAGGAAAUUAUACAAUUUUAUAUUAUAUAUGGUACCUACUUUUUCAAACCCUGGUGGUAUCACAUAUUCUAUUGAAACAAGAAAGAAAUUAGUUACACUUGCUAGAAAAUAUGAUAUGUUAAUUAUCUGUGAUGAUGUUUACGAAUUUUUAGACUAUACAAAUUCAAAACCAUUACCAAGAUUAAAUCAUUUAGAUAAUUCAGUAGAUUAUGGUAAUACAAUUUCAAAUGCUUCAUUUUCAAAGAUAAUAGCACCUGGUUUAAGAGUAGGUUGGCAACAAACAACUCCAAAAUUAGCUAAACAAUUGUCUAUUACAGGUGCAAAUAAAUCUGGUGGUACUCCAAAUCAAUUAUCAACAUUUGUAGUACAAGAAUUGAUUAAAUCAGGAAAAUUAGAUGAAAUUAUAAAUAAGUUUAUCAAAGUUUACAGUGAGAGAUCAGAGACUUUCAAAGCUUGUAUCAAAAAGUAUAUACCCAAUGCUGAAGUUUAUGGAGGUGAUGGCGGUUAUUUUUUUUGGAUUAAAACUAAUGUAGAUAAUGAUAAAGUUCAUGCAUUACUAAAAAAUAAAGUUUCAUUAGCUAAAGGUGACAAUUUUGAAGUUACUGGUGAUACAAGAGAUUAUUCCAAUUCUAAUAGACUUUCAAUAAGUUAUCUUUCAAGUGUAGAAAUUGAACAAGGUAUAAAAAUUUGGGGAGAGACUAUAAAAAAAAUCACAAAUGAUUGAUUUCCAAAUAACCACAUUACAAAUUUCCGGGUUAAGCACAAUUUCUUAUGUACUUGAUACAUUACUUUAUUCAACAAUUCUUAUAUUAUCAACUACUUUAGGUAGAAAUUUACCUCCAAAUUAUCAUGAAUUUCUGUUAUAUGAUAUAAGAAUUAGAUAUACAUUUUUCAAUCAAGUUACAAUACCUGUUGGAUUAUUAGUUUUAAUAUCAGGAGUACUUCCAGUUUUACAAUUUGUAUUAUUUGCAUUUAUAAUUCCUGCAAGUUUAACAAGAAGAUUAUGGGAUUUGUUUGCUGGUUGUUUAUGUUUAUUAGGUGCACAAGCUACUCAAUUAAUGACUGUUGUUUUAUUAAAAAAUAUAACUGGACUACCAAGACCAGAUAUGAUUGAAAGAUGUGAACCAUUUUUUACUGAUGUAAUUCCAUUAACUCAAUUAUCAACAGUUGAAGUUUGUACUCAAGAAAAUUGGAAUUUAGUACAAGAAGGUUUUAGAACAUUUCCUUCUGGUCAUAGUUCAACAGUAUUUUGUGGAAUGAUUAUAACAUCAUUAAACAUCGCAGCUAGAUUACAAACAUUUGAUAAUAGAAAUAAUUCAUUUAAAGUAUUUUUAACAAUUUCACCUUUAUUAUUAGCUUCAUUUGUUGCGUCUACAAGAGUAAGUGAUAAUAGACAUUAUUUAUUAGAUGUUAUUGCAGGAUCUUUUAUUGGUUUUACAAUUGGUUGGAUUUUUUAUUAUCAAUAUUAUCCAAGUAUAUUUAAUUUAAAAAAUCAAGGUAAAGCUUUUCCACCAAGAAGAUUUGGUAUACAAAGGUUUUUAGAUAAUGUUGGUGGAUUUUGGAGAAUUGAUGAUGACACUGAGAGGACUUUGGAUAAUGAUGCAAUUGAACGUGGGGAAAAUAUAGCUUAG